AUGGCCGGCAAGGACGUCGUGCCGACGGCGACCACCCAGCGGAAGAGCGUGGCGAGGCGGCUGUGGCGCGUGGUGCGCGCCGUGCUCUACAUGCUGCGGCGCGGGGUGCUCCCGUCCGGGCGCAAGCUGGCCAUGGACCUCGGCCUCCUCCUCCGCCGCGGCAAGAAAGCCGGCAAGGCCCUCGGCGGCCUUUCCUCGGCGAGGUCGUCGUCCUUCUCGUGCCGCGCGCUCGACCCGGCCCUCGCGGUGCACGAGCCCUCGCGCAGCCGCCGCGAGGUCGAGUUCAGCUGCAGCAACACCCCUUUCUCCGCCGCCGCCACGAGCCGCGGCCCCCGCGGCGACGAGGGCCCCGGGUGCUACUACAGCUACGACGCGGCCGACAUCGCCAGGGUGUUCGAGAUGCUCAACGAGGGCGGCCACCCCUUCGACGACGACGCGCUCGUGGUGGCGCCGGCCACCGCGACGCCGUCGCCCGCGCUGUGGACUUCAUCCUCCUCCGGGGCCGGGCGAAACCCGGGGGCUAGGCGGCUCCGCAUCGCCGACUCGCCGUACUCGGCGCCGGGCAACGAAACGCCGGGCGAGCAGCAGGUGGACAGGAAGGCCGACGAGUUCAUCAGGAGGUUCUACGAGCAGCUGCGCGCCCAGAAGAGCGUCGCCGCCACGCCGGAGAACGACGGUCACGCCGCCGGCUCGUACACCGGCCGUUCCCCACGUCCGGUCGCCGCCGGCACCGUUUAG